AGCUGUGGGUCUCCCAGAGAAGACAAGGAGAUUCACCCGCCCUCCUCAUUGCACACAAGGUGGGUGAGCCACCUCCAGCCUUCCCCCAGGACCUUUCCCGGGUGCAGGGAUGGGCACCUCAUCAGGAGAUGCUGCCUGGGAGGAGCAGGCCAGCCUCAGGAUACCAUCCAGAAGCACCAACCUCUGCAGAUAGAACGAAUCUGACAGGGACCGACCACCGGAACCCGACCUUCCGCUGCAGAAUAACAGUUCUCCCCUUUCCAGACGAUUUUACAGAAAGCUUUCCUCAUCACAGUCCUGGGAGGCAGGUGGCGCAAGGGUCGAAAGCUCAGUCCGACAUAGGAGGAAACUGACACAAAAGGAUGAAUCCCUUCACGGACACCCUGCAGAGCCUCCGAGACGCCUUCAGCUCCGGGAGAACCCGCCCGGCAGAGUUCCGAGUUGCCCAGCUAGAGGGGCUGAGCCGCUUUCUGAAAGAGAACCGAGAUGCCCUCCUGGCUGCCCUGGCCCAGGAUCUACACAAGCCUCCCUUUGAAUCAGAGAUAUCUGAAAUCAGCAUCUGUCAGAGUGAAAUUAACCUGGCCCUGAACAGUCUGCACAGCUGGAUGAAGGAUGAGCAUGUGCCUAAAAACCUGGCCACCCAACUGGACACAGCCUUUAUCCGGAGGGAGCCCUACGGUGUGGUCCUCAUCAUUGCCCCCUGGAACUACCCUCUGAACCUCGUGCUUGUUCCUCUGAUCGGGGCCAUCGCAGCAGGCAACUGUGUGAUGUUAAAGCCCUCAGAAAUGAGCAAGAGUGUGGAGAAGGUCAUUAGCGAGGUGCUGCCCAGCUACCUGGACAAGAAUUGCUUUGCGGUAGUGCUGGGAGGACCCCAGGAGACCUCCGCCCUCCUGGAGAACAAAUUUGACUACAUCUUCUUCACAGGGAAUCCCUCGGUGGGCCGGCUCGUCAUGGCGGCUGCCUCCCAGUACCUGACCCCCAUCACGCUGGAGCUGGGAGGUAAGAACCCAUGUUACGUGGACGACAACUGUGACCCCCAGAACGUGGCCAACCGAGUGGCCUGGUUCCGCUUCUUCAACGCGGGACAGACAUGUGUGGCCCCAGAUUACGUCCUGUGCAGCCGGCAGACGCAGGAGAAGCUGCUGCCCGCCCUGCAACGGGCGGUCACCCAGUUCUAUGGGAAGGAUCCCCAGAGUUCCCCAGACCUGGGCCGCAUCAUCAAUGACAAGCAUUUCCAGAGGCUCCGAGGCCUGCUGGGCAGUGGCCAAGUAGCCAUCGGCGGCCAGUCAGACGAGCAGGAACGCUACAUUGCCCCCACAGUGCUGGUGGACGUGAAGGAGUCGGACCCCGUGAUGCAGGAGGAGAUCUUUGGGCCGAUCUUACCCAUCCUGAAUGUGCAGAGCAUGGAUGAGGCCAUUGCUUUCAUCAGGAAGAGAGAGAAGCCCCUGGCCCUGUACACCUUCUCCAACAACUCCGAGGUGGUGCGCCAGAUGUUGGAGCGGACCAGCAGCGGGGGCUUCUGUGGGAACGAUGGCUUCAUGCACCUGACCCUGACCACGCUGCCCUUUGGAGGCGUUGGAAACAGCGGGAUGGGCAUGUAUCAUGGCAAGUUCAGCUUUGAUACGUUCUCGCAUCAGCGCAGCUGCCUCCUUCGGAGCUCGGGCCUGGAGAAGCUGAACUCCCUUCGGUACCCACCCUAUGCCCAGCGCAGCCUGGGGCUACUGCUCUCCACCGUGGAGAUCAGCCGCAAGGGCCAGUGCACGCUCCUGUGAGCUGGGGGCCGCCCCUUCUGUCCUCCUGCCUGGGCAGCCUUCCCUUGGGUCUCCGUGGCAGGGCGGAGAUGAACUUGUCGUGGGGGCUGGGCAGGGGCAGGAGACCCCUUGGACUGGGUCUUCCAGCCCCACUGGCUGUCGGUCUUCCUGUACCUGGGGCCGAGGGGCCUGUGGGCUCCCUGGUGCUGCCCAGUUCUAAGUAAAGGCUUUGUGGGGAACCCAAAUGCAGCUCUCUGAUUAUUGAGCUGAGCCCCAAGCCAGGCUGGGGCCCCGGCUCAGUUUUAGGCACCACACAUUAAGAGGGACAAAGACCGUGCCCUUGAGUAGGGCUGGCUGGAGGAACUGGGGAGGGACGGGGAAGCCGGGCUUGUGAGAGGUUUCCCUUUGGGUUUUCAUCUGUACCCUGAGGACCUGGACUGCGUGACUGCUACACAUCUUCCUGCACCAGAUUUCUCUUCUGCCGAGGGCCAGAGGGAAGCUGACUCAGGCUUGGUGUUGGAGCAGCCCCAGAGAGGAAGGAACUGUCCUCUAAGAAAGGGUCAGCUGACCACUUCUGCAUGGUCGGUCUGAAUAGAGCUCCCUUUUGAUUCUGCACCUGCAGUGGAGCUGUUUCUUUUUUGUGAGGCAAUGGGGGUUAAGUGACUUGCCCAGGGUCACACAGCUAGUAAGGGUUAAGUGUCUGAGGUGGA